UCCAAGCUAAACAUACAGUCAAGGGUCUAAGGAUGGCGACGUUGCUGGAAUCGGCAGUUACUGAGUCUAUAUGUAAUAGCAAUUCAAUGCUAACCCCUGAAGCUUCCAGUCUUUCACACCGAUUUGUUGACAACAAAUUUUAUCUGCUUGUGGUUAUUGGAGAAAUUGUUUCAGAAGACCAUUUGAAGUGUGCCGUGGCAGACAUUGAAAAGGGCAUCCGCACAUGGGACACGAAUCUGAUCGACUGCAACUUGGACCAGGAGCUGAAACUCUUUGUAUCCCGGCACUCUGCUCGGUUUUCCCCAGACGUACGAGGUCAAAGAAUCCUGCACCACAAAAGCAAUGUUUUGGAGACAGUGGUGCUCAUUAACCCGUCUGAUGAGGCUGUCUCCACUGAGGUUCGGUUGAUGGUCUCAGAUACUGCCAGGCACAAAUUGCUGGUACUUUCAGGACAAUGUUUCGAAAAUACAGGGGAGCUCAUUCUUCAGUCUGGGUCCUUCUCUUUCCCGGAUUUCAUCGAUAUCUUCACUGAUCAAGAGAUUGGGGAACUACUCAGCAACACACAUCCAGCGAACAAAGCAAGUAUAACCUUGUUCUGCCCUGAAGAAGGUGACUGGAAGAACUCAAACCUGGACAAACACAACCUACAGGACUUCAUAAACAUGAAGUUAAACUCUACCGUUAUACUGCCAGAAAUGGAAGGCCUCUCUGAGUUCACCGAGUACCUGGCAGAGUCCGUGGAGAUCCCAUCACCGUUCGACAUGCUGGAGCCUCCGACCUCUGGGGGAUUUCUCAAGCUGUCGAAGCCCUGCUGCUACAUCUUCCCAGGGGGCCGUGGAGACUCCGCCCUGUUCGCAGUCAACGGGUUCAACAUGUUGAUCAAUGGGGGCUCGGAUCGCAAGUCCUGCUUCUGGAAGCUGGUCCGACAUCUGGACCGGGUGGACUCGAUAUUGCUCACUCACAUUGGAGACGACAACCUGCCUGGGAUAAACAGCGUGCUACAGCGGAAAAUAGCCGAAUUGGAAGAGGAUCAGUCACAGUGCUCCACUGCUAACAGCGAGGUGGUGAAAAAUCUGAUAUCCCCGGAUCUGGGAGUCGUGUUUCUGAAUGUCCCUGAAGAUAUCAAAAACACAGAGCCAAACUACAGGGUGAGAAGGACCAUUGAGGAGGUGUCCCACACACUGCAAUACCUAAACAAACUGUCCUUGAAGCCAGAGCCUCUUUAUAGGCAGACUAAAAACUCUGCAGAGCCUAUCAUACUCUUUCAGAAAAUGGGUGUAGGGAAGUUAGAGAUGUAUGUGCUGAACCCAACUAAAAACAGCAAAGACCUCAAUUCCUUCAUGAAGCAAUGGACUGGUAGUGAGAAGGAUAGCGCUUCUGUGUUGCUUCCAAAUGGCAAAAAGUCUGAGAUGCCACUAAGCUAUUUGACCUCAGUUUCAUCACUGAUAGUGUGGCAUCCUGCAAACCCUUCUGAGAAGAUAGUACGAGUGUUGUUCCCUGGCAAUGCCACACAACAUAAUAUACUAGAGGGUUUGGAAAAGCUUAAGCACUUAGACUUCUUGAAAUAUCCUGUGGUCACUCAGAAAGAGUUGUCUUCAAAUGUGGCACCAGCACUGAAGCAAGCAAAAUUGAAGCAUAAAACUGAUAGUAAAGAAAGUUUGAAGUCCACCUCGAAGCUUUCAUCCAGCCAGACAUCCAAGAAAGAAGCAAAGGAAGAGACUCCAGAGAAAGCAAAAGCAGAUGAAUCCAAAGCGACCCAGGAAAAGGCUAAGAAAUCUGAGAAGAAAGAGAAAAUUCUGGUGAAAAAGGAAAAACCGCAGACAACAGAAAGCGAGGUCAAGGCAAAAUCAGAUCAGACAUCUAAAAAUGAAACCCCAGAGAAAAAGAAACUAGAGCCUAAAAAAAUAAAAACACCCAAAGAAGUAUCAAAAAAAGAAAUCAAGGUAAGUGAAAGGAAUAAGGAGGGAAAUGAAGUCAAAAAGGAAACUGUGAAGAAGGAUGAGAAGUUAGCUGCAAAGAAAGAGGAAAAGGCUAAGAAGGAUGAAAAGGUAAAAAGGGAAGAGACUAAGAAAGAGUUCAAAAAAGAAAUCAAAAGGGAUACAAGGAAAGACUCUCCAGUGAAGGAGACUAAGAAGGAAGAGAGGAAGGAGCUUAAGAAAGAGGAAAGAGGAGACAUGAAGAAGCUCUCUAAGGACUCAAAGAAAUCAACUGCACUUGUGGGAGAUGCCAAAAAACCUGUGCCAAAACCAAAACUGCAAAAGAAAGAAGAUGCGUCAAAGAAGAGUACAGGGAGCCCUGCAAAACAGAAAGAGAAAGGCAAAAUCAAAAGUACCAAAAAGGAAAGUAAAUCCAGUGAAGACAAACUUGGCCCUGCCGCUGUUGGAGUAGCUGUUUGCGUGGCUGCGGCUGCUGGCAUCGCGGAGGCACUUGAAACUGAGAGAUCUAUAAUGUCUUCUCCGGAAGAUCUCACAAAGGAUUUUGAGGAGCUGAAAGCACAGAAGAAAGAUAACGACUCGCUAGUCAUAAUACGUCACGAUGAGACUGCGCUCCCGAAAAAAUCCCCGGAAGCAGAUGAACACGCUGAAUCUCUGGAUGAGGGAAUUACCACGACUGAGCCUGAAGGCGAGUCUGGAGCUUCUCCAGAAGAACCGGAGGGUAAAGGAAAACUCAGCGGUGACACCAACGACAAAUUUGAAGAUGAGGGGACUGGGCUGGAGGAGUCAUCAGAAGCUGGGGACUAUGAAGAGAAGGGUGAGAGCGACAGGGAUGAUGAGCAAGAUUAUCUUGAUGGGAAGAAAGGCACACAGUAUUCAGAAAGCUACAGGGAGGGUAAAGGAAAUGGAAACGAUCACCGCAAGGACAGCGGAGCACAUCUGAACAUCUCUGCCCCUCGUUCUCCCAUAACUUCUGUUCAGGAUGAAGAAAACUGCAACAAACCCCUGCAGGAAUAUACAGUAGUUUUAGGCCACACACAGUUCACCACCAAUAUUUUCACCCGUGCGUCAGCGCCAAUGGAGCAUAUGCCAAAACCAAGGGGUUUUAUAAGUGAUGAAUCUAAGGAGUUUGUGAUGGGUAGCUAUGAUCGAGGAAAGCCAUCCUCCCCUCCUGAUAGCCCCGACUCUGACCAUUCAAAGAGUGAGGUCACUGAGGGACGGGACUAUCACCCUUCAGCCUCUACUAUAUCUCCAGCAUCAUCACUGGAGGAGGACAGAUAUUGCAAGCGGUUCACUGAUGAACUUGCCUCCCCCAAAGAGAAGACACUUGAGCAUAACUUACCCUUGGGAAUUCCAGAGAAAAUGACUGCUACUUCAACAAAACUUAGCCCAGCUACUCUCUCGCCACUCGUAAAGACUCCUACAAGUGACUGUAGUGUCAAUUCUGAUUUGACACCAACUGCCGUUGCAGCACCUGUUGAUUCGCAGUCUGACAGCACAGGCUAUGCAUCUUAUUACAAUUCACCUGCAGAUGAAAAAGCAAGCAGGCAACCUUCUGAGACUCCUGGAAAAUCCCAAGGUGACGGCAAAGUAGAUGCCGCAAGUCUGAAAAUGGAAAAGUCAGAGGGAUCGAUAAAAACUACCAGGGAUCUCUCGCCUGUAGAUUCCAGCUUGCUUGGAGCACUUAAAGAGGACAGUAAAAUGUCCAUCUCAGAAGGAACCACAUCUGACAAAUCAGCCACACCAGUUGAUGAGGUUGUAGCAGAGGACACUUAUUCCCAUAUAGCAUCUGCCUCAACUGCCUCUCUUGCCACUAGUUCACUCCCAGAGCCAACAGCCGAUGAUGUCUCCCCGUCGUUGCAUGCUGAGGUAGGCUCCCCUCAGUCAACAGAAGUGGACGACUCCCUCUCUGUAUCUGUGGUCCAGACUCCUACAACCUUCCAAGAAACUGAGAUGUCACCGUCCAGAGACGAGUGUCCCCGACCAAUGUCAAUUUCGCCAGAUUACUCACCAAAAACAGCCAAGUCAAACACACCUCAGCAGGAACCGAAGUCUCCAGAGCAGGCUACCAUGUCAGUUGAAUUUAGCCAGGAGUCACCCGAUCACUCCUUGGCCCUAGAUUUCAGCAAACAGUCUCCAGAGCACCCGGCACUAGGAACAAAUUUUCACAUUGCAUCAAACGGCCCCACUGAGGUGGACUGUAGUCCUCCAGGACCUGCAGGUUCUGCAUUUUCAAUGGGUAGCUUGCCUACGGCAGAGAAACCAAUGCUUUUCAAAGACACAGAUUCAACUAAUGCGGCUGCAGUCUCUCCUUCAGAUGGCUCUACCCCAUCCAUUAAUACGCCCUCACAGACAGCCUCUCCAGUGAAGGGGGACCCACUUGUCAAAGCUGCAGCCCCCAGAGAAAUGUCACCAGGUGCAUCGCUGCUAUUUGAAAGUUCCCAGAACAAUGACUCACUCCGGAGUAUGACAUUUUCACAAAAUGAACACAGCUCCUAUCAAAAGCUGACAGAAGAGACCCAGAAGAGUGCCGGUGUCUCUGGGGUACCCAACGACUCUAAAACCUGCCUCUCGCCACAGUCUCGAAGCAAUGUCGAUUUAUGCCUGGUUAGCUCUUGUGAGUACCGCCACCCGAAAACAGAGCUUUCUCCAUCGUUCAUAAACCCAAACCCUCUGGAGUACUUUGCCAAUGCCCAAGAAGAGGAGAAGCCUUUAGCUAAGUCUGGAGGAAGGCCUCCCCCAUCUGGUGGGAAGCAGCACCUGAAACAAUGUGAAGAAACUCCAGCAACCUCUACCAGUGAAUCCGCUCCCUCCCAAACUGAUUCUGAUGUCCCCCCGGGAACAGAGGAGUGCCCCUCCAUCACCGCUGAUGCAAAUAUCGACUCGGAGGAUGACUCUGAAACUCUCCCGACAGACAGGACCCUAACACACAGGCAUGCUGAUCCUCCUCCUGCCCCGAUCAGAGACUCCGCUCCUUCCCCACCUCGCCCCGACGUCUGCAUGGUUGACCCAGAAGCCGUGCCAGCCACUGACAGUCUAGAAAACCCCUCCAAGAAAGAGGCAAGUGACCAGACCACCCAGAAAAAGCAAGAAAGUAAGACAAAGUCAGCAGCAAUGAAAACUAGCACUCCUAAAAAGAAAGACCCCUCUGUGUCCAAGUCAAAGUCUGAUGUAAAAGAGGCUGGGGGUAAAGAUGCUAAAAAUGCAACAAACGCCAAUGCUUCAAGGGGCCCAAAAAGUACAACAGGGUCAGGCAGUGGUAAAGCAGCGGGAGGAAGCAGUGCACCUAACUGUCCCCCUGCAUACCUGGACCUGGUUUACAUCCCAAACCACUGCAACGCCAAGAAUGUUGAUGCCGAUUUCUUUAAGUGUGUGAGGUCAUCUUACUACGUUGUGAGUGGUAAUGACCUGGCAGCUGAGGAACCCAGCAGAGCCGUCUUAGACUCCCUCCUGGAGGGGAAAUCUCAGUGGGGCAACAACAUGCAGGUCACUCUCAUCCCGACCCAUGACUCAGAGGUCAUGAGGGAGUGGUACCACGAGACCCACGAGAAGCAGCAAGAUCUCAACAUCACAGUUCUGGCCAGCAGCAGCACAGUGGUCAUGCAAGAUGAGUCCUUCCCUGCUUGCAAGAUUGAGCUGUGAUCCCCAGACACCCACUACCAUGCCUUCAGUCUCACGUUCCUUUGUGAAAAUGUCAGUGUAAAAAAAAAAAAAAAACAGAUUGGUAAAAUAAUGCUACAGUAAUUUCUGUAUUGAUUCACGUAGACUAUGCCAAAAUAAUAUUUAAAAGGCAUGUAGCCUGAACCCAUCUAAAUAACAGAACAAUUCCCGAAGAGAUUCCUAGCUCACUAAAUGUAUGAGGAAGCCCACUGCCAAAACAACAGAGGUAAAUGGUAAAGUCCCAUUGUAAGGUGUGUCUGUGGACACAGAAUUAUUAUGAUUGUACUGGGUACUGACUCCUGUUUGCUCAAGGGCAACAUGUACUAAUUUAUUAUGCAGACCACAUAUUUAAGGCAUGCUUGCAGUGAAGAUGGCCACCACAACUAGUUUUCACCAUAGUGCCGCAGUGUCAUUGUUUUCUUAGGAAACCUGCAUGCCAUGGGUCCUAAUUAUCUGGGUAUAAAUGAUCAUAAAUUUCGGCUUUUACCCUCAAGCAUACACCAAAGGAUGAAGGAGAAUAAAUUUGAAAUGCCUUAGAAAGUGACUUGAAUGUAAAAGAGCACUACGCUUUUCCGUGCGAAAGAGGAGGAGAAAGCUUUAGGGAUGAAAACAGAAAGAGUGCAGAAUGUUCCCAUCGCCUGCUGUGUAAAAGGACCUGUGAUUAGAUGCUAGACAGAAUGAGCUUGUUUAUUAUGUGUGUACCUCUAUGAUCCAACUUGGAGAACUCUUUGACUGAUCCUAUGCAGAACUUCAGCAAACAAAUGUUAAUGAAAUACAUUUUCAUACAAUCUUCAUUCCUGGUCCUGGUGGACCGCAGGUUUGCUGGUGUGCUGGUUUUUGUUUAUGCCUUAAUUUCAGCAACAAUUUAGACACAAGAGAACAGGUGAGGUGAGUUAAUUUUGUAGGAGACUGCUUUAAUUGCUCAAUUAAGCACCGAAUAACAAAAAACCGGCACAUCUCGCAGCCCAUCACGACCAAGAAUGAACAUCCCUGGACCACACAAUUGUCAUCGUAACUAUUUUCUUUACUUACUUACAGGCUAGAAUAUGAUAAAGAAUGGAUUCAUCUUUUGUCCUUAUCUUCGUAGUGGUAGCUUACCAAACCCAGAUUGCAUAGUUCAGCAAUAACCAAAAUGAUCUUUCCAAACUGUUUAUGAAGCAUUUGUUUGUAAAUCAGAGUUAAGGACAAAUGUUCAUUAAAUCAGGGUCUACAUCCCAGGAAAUAGUACAUGGUAGAGAUGGAGUUAAUAUCAUCCUGUAAUUUUUAUUUUAAGAUAAACAUUUAGCUUCAAUGGUUUUCAUAAGUACUGCUAUAUUUGGGUAGCUAUUUUAGCAGUAUGUGAGAAAUAAAAAUGCUUCAAUUAGUUAUUUUCCUCACUAGUUAUUUUUAAGCACUGGUACAGACUCUAACAUGUUUGUGUUUGACUGGAACAUAUAAUAUCCCAAUAUUUACAUAUAUAAUGAAGACAAAAUUAAGUUAAAACUGAUCUAUUUAGAGGUGGAUAAACUUGUGAAAACAUAAUGAAAUGGCAAUAUUGCCUCAGAAUUUCAUUGCUCAUAUCAAAUAGGAACAUUUUUAAAUUUCAAAAUCAAUUUGUCACAUUUUCUUACAGUUUAAUACUUUAAAGUUUUCUGGUAUUCAUUCUUUCUGGUGGUUUUCUCUUUCUUAUCUGGAAUAGGGGAGAUUUUAGGAUUGGAUUUUAGGAAUUCCUGAUUUCCAUGACUGGGUCAUGUAAAAGAAAGAUUUUUAAAUAUAUGGUUGACACUAAGCCCGUUUCCCAAUGCCUUAACCACACUGAGGAAUUAUUUGUUAUUUAAAGGUGUUCUACAAGCUGAAGCCACUUACUUCUUCUACAGUUUCAUGCUCAAUGUCAGAAACGCACUCAAAUAUUUACUUUUAUUUAGUUGAUAAUGUGAGAGGGAGGAUAUGUUGACUUUUAAGUAUUUUUAACACUGAAUUAAUUGAACAACAUAAGAUCAAUACUGUGAAUAUUAAUAUUAAAUGGCCUUUGAGUUUCUACAACUGUUCUUUACAACAGGCCAUAGGAAGUUUUGAUUCUGGUGCAAUUAUCAGUUUGUGAAAAAUUCUGAAACAUUUUCCUUUUUUUUUUACUGUACUGUAAUUACUGACACCCUUGUGGUGGGGUGAAUGGUUUAGAGAAAUGUGCAUGUGUUAUGUAGUAUAUCUGAUUUCUUUGAGAGGGAUAAUUACAUCAGCGAGCGCAAGUCCAUUAAGUAAUAUGAAAAACAUAAAUCAAGCACCGGGCAUUGAAAUACCAACAGUGUUGGCCCUUGGGUAGAUUUUGAAUGCGUUUAAAUAAAAUGGUGAUCACAUUUAAAGGAAAAGAGGCUCAAAUAUUGUUGAGGUUUAAUGGCAAAACUCACAUUUUACCCACCUUAACUGGAGAUAUGUGACACUCACUUCAGGAUGUGUGCAUUGCUACGUGUUAGGCUUGCUAGUUUUACAUUAAGAUAAUGUUGAUGUAUGCAGGGGAAAGAGCUCUGCUGCAAAGCCAUGGUAAUGCCAACCAUUUUGAUACACGACAAUCUUUCACUUCCAGAAAUAUUUUUAAAUGUGAAUCCCAGGGUAAUACGGUAUAUUGUGUUUGAGAGCAAACCUGCCAGUUGUAAUAAUAAACCUCCUCGAGCAGACCGUACCGUAGGUGUUAUAUUUUCACUCGAGCUUGCAGCUGCUCCUGCAUGAACAUCCUCGCUUGUCACUGCAAACGGACUUAAGACAACAGUCUUAAGUCUUAAGUCUGAGGGCUUUCCUCGCGCUAUCCUCUCUCUCUCGUUCAGUAACUGUUAAUGUCUGUCUGCAGCCGUGUACAGUGUCACGUAGUCUUGCAUCCUCCCUGGCCUUCUGAACCAGAUCCAAGGCAGGGACUAGUUUUAAGUGAAUAUAUUGGCAUAGUGCUUUUCUGAUGUGUGUGCAAAAAAUCUUCCUGAAAUCUUCGUCCUGCGGCAUUUGAUGUUAUGGGAACGAGUAUUAAAGAAUACAAUCUGCUGUAAA